UCAUUCAUAACCCAAAGCACGCAAAUACAACGCCAUAAUCUUUUUGUCUUUUCCACAAUCUUCAAUACUCCAUAAUUAAUCAAGAUGACCGCAGGCGCACAGGUUAUCGCCAACUCUGGCCACGAUGAUAUGAUUCACGAUGCAGUUCUCGACUACUACGGCAGGAGGUUAGCGACAUGCUCCUCGGAUCGCACCAUCAAGAUCUUUGAGAUCGAGGGCGAAUCACAGCGACUUGUUGAGACACUGAAGGGACACGAUGGCGCAGUUUGGUCCGUAGCAUGGGCGCACCCCAAGUACGGCAACAUCCUCGCCUCGGCAGGCUACGACGGCAAGGUUCUCAUUUGGCGCGAGCAAGCCGGCAGCUGGCAGCGCAUCUUCGACUUCGCCCUGCACAAAGCUAGCGUCAACAUCGUGUCCUGGUCUCCCCACGAAGCCGGCUGCCUCUUGGCCUGCGCCUCUUCGGACGGCAACGUCAGCGUUCUCGAAUUCAAGGAUAACAGCUGGGAGCACAACAUCUUCCACGCCCACGGCCUGGGCGUCAACUCGGUCUCGUGGGCCCCCGCCACCACCCCCGGCAGCAUCGUCAGCAGCAACCCCGGCCCCGGCUCGACGGGCAACAGACGCUUCGUGACUGGCGGUUCCGACAACCUGCUCAAGAUCUGGACCUUCGACCCCGCGACGAAUGGAUACAAGCUCGAGCGCGAGCCCCUGGCGGGUCAUACAGAUUGGGUGCGCGACGUUGCGUGGAGCCCGACUGUGCUUCAGAAGAGCUACAUCGCAAGCGCCUCGCAGGACAAGACGGUGCGCAUCUGGACGAGUGACGCGGCGAACCCGGGCGAGUGGAAGUGCAAGGUUCUCAACUUUGAUGCGGCCGUCUGGCGCGUUAGCUGGUCGCUCAGCGGAAACGUGCUGGCCGCCAGCAGUGACAACAACAAGGUCACACUAUGGAAGGAGAACCUUAAGGGCGAGUGGGAGAACGUCAAGACCAUUGAGGAGUAAAAUCACAUGGAAAUUGGGUCAUGUUAUGAUGAUGAUGGGUGGCGAGCGUUAGCAUAAUAUUGGUAGGUAGGAUAUCUACUCAUCAUCCAGAGUGGGCGUUAUCGGAUAAUAGAUAAGGAAGGCCAGCGAAAAGGAGCAGGCCUGCCUUCGGAUUCACAAGAACAUAUCCAGAUUGGCUUCACAUCAACUGCUCGGGGCAAUGAACACAUC